AUGCUUAGAACCAUUGGAUUUAGACAGGCUAGAAUUGUCGGCAGAAGAUUCAAUUCUUCUGUGCUGAACGAGCCAGCUUUCAAGCCAGCUGACCCAGCUAAGGCCAAAGAAUUUGCCGAGCACUCUGAGGCCAUCUUCCACCACUCGCAGAAGACUUCUGACCUGUGGAAGAAGAUUACCUACUUUGUUGCUGUUCCAGUGAUUGGAUUAACCGCAGUCAACACCUACUUUGUUGAGGCCGAGCACGCUCACCACAGAGAGCACACCAAACACCUUUCUGACGAGGAGUGGCCAAAGGACUACCCAUACCAAAACAUCAGAAGAAAGGACUUCUUCUGGGGUGACGGAGACAAGACUUUGUUCUGGAACCCAGACGUUAACAGACACGUCCGUCCCGAAUAA